GAAAAAUAAUAAUAUAUUUUUUCCAGACACGGUUAGGUUAUCCUUACCGGGAGAAAUCUACCUGAACCAGCUGGAGCGGAACUGCUCUCUGUCUUCAAGUCCAGCACGUUUCAAUAUCUGCAGUAAAGCCAUGGGACCGACCGAUGCUCCAAAUGGAUGCGGCUCCAGCAUCAGCUCCAUAUAUUACAACCUGUGUGACCUGACUGCAGUGUGGGGGGUCGUGGUGGAGGCUGUUGCUGCUGCUGGUGUGGUGACUUCCUUUGUUCUGUUGGUCAUCCUCAUGGCCAGCGUAGCGUUUGUGACAAACAAGAAGAGGAAGGGCAUGGUGGCCCUGCAGGCUGGCAUUCUGAUCUUUAUUCUGGGACUCUUUGGACUCACGUUUGCCUUCAUUGUGGGUCAGUACGCCACCAGCUGUGCUGCACGGAGGUUCCUCUUCGGAGUACUGUUUUCAGGCUGUCUAGCCUGCCUGGUGAUGCACGGGUUGUGGCUCGCUUUGCUGGAGCGGAGAGGCUGGGCGCCCAGGUGCUGGAUGUUAUGCCUGGGAGCCUUGGGUCUGUGGAUGGUCGAGGUGAUCAUCAACACGGAGUGGCUUAUCAUCACUAUGGUCCGGAGCCCACUCGAAGGUGUCAAUAUCCCUGAUCUGACCUGCAGCAUUGCUAACCAGGACUUUGUGUCGGCACUGGUCUAUGUGAUGGUUCUGUUGUUAUCUGUGGUGCUGAUGGCUGUGCUCUCACUGACACACAAGCACAAGCAGUGGCGCCGAGACGGAGCCUUCAUCCUGGUCACAGGGCUCUUCACCAUGGCUAUCUGGGUAGCUUGGAUUGUCAUGUACAUGCACGGGAACAGAAUGGCCGGCGAUCCCAGCUGGGACGAUCCUACUCUAGCUGUAGCCAUAGUGUUCAAUGCCUGGGUGUUCAUCUUUCUCUACAUCAUCCCAGAAAUCUGCUUACUGAACCAGGAGGACCCAGACCAGGAGCAGCCACUCGAUGGAGAGCCUGUUUAUCCUGCCAGCAGCCAUGUUUAUGGCAACAUCCUUAAGGAGCUGGAGCCACCCCACCAGAAUGUGUACAUGGAUAAUAAAGCCUUCACUAUGGACGAGCCUCCAACAGUGCCCACAAAGCCAGUGUCUCCAUACGGGGCUUAUAAUGGUCAGCUACGAAGCUGUGUGUACCAGCCCACUGAAUUAGCCCUGAUUGCCAAGGGUCUGACUAAGAUGGAACAAGACGCGAUGAUGCCUCGUGUCAAAGCCCCCUCUUUCAAUCCAGGAAGUCGCAGCUCCCUGCCUCAUUCAGCUGAUUCAGAUUCCUUGCCAUUUUAAGGAUUGUCACAUGCAGGCAGCGUGAGUCGAGGGCACAGUGCACCUACACACUCAGAUGUUACGGCUAUGAAUUCUUCACAGGUUUUUUUUUGUUCUCCCCUCGGGGUUCCUUGUAUCAAAUGUAACGUACCCUCCUUUCUCCUCCAUAGCAAAAAAGGCUUGAUAUAAUAACACACUGAUGAUUCGCCAGCUGCAGGAAGUAGUCCCAAAACCUGGAAAUGAGUUGAGUCAAUGGGUUUUUGAUUCCUGAAAUAAGGUCUGUUGUUAACACAAGUUUUAACGUUUUGUUUUUUAUGACAUAAAAUAUGUCAGUAAAUACCCCACAGGCAGUGGCUAACAAGUGGCUAAAUGAGACGACAGAGGUUGUCAGGGACGGCAUCACGCCAAACACUUGUCCACCUUUGGCUUCGUGGUGGUGACAUUGAAGUCAUGUGACUGUGUAGUUGUUUUAUAGCCCAACGUUGGCUUCACACACACCAUAAAAAUGUUCAUUUGUGAAGAUUAUCAUGCUGAACUUUAAAACUACGAUAUGUGAUAUGAUAAUGAGUAACAAAAACCUUUGUUCGCCUCAGAGCUUAUUUUCUACAAUAAUCAAAAAUCCAAUUGAUAAAACCCUCCCCAGUGGCUUUUUUGACGAGAGAACCAGGACGACACAAACUUCUGGGCUCGCUUACAAAAAAAUACAUAUUCCCUGAAUCACUCUAAAUGCAGUAAUGUGACCCAGCUCCUCUCACAGACCUUUUUAUUUUGUCUUCUACUUUGAUGUUCGUGCAGUGCUCGUCGGUUCUGUAAGCACUAAGGGCUAAGUGUCAUAAAUAAAAGAUACAAAAAAACCGACAAUAUCGAAAAUUGAAUGCUCAGUAAUAUAUACAUAGACAAUCAAGAGAAAGAGUGGCUUGUAUGGAUCUUUAUGGGGAAGCAAUAACUUUGCCUUCAGGCUAAGAGAGAGACCAAAAACCGUCUUUUCCUGUUCCUGUUGGUUGAUGUUGGACAAACGUACACCAGGAUUAGGUGCAGAUCAUUCAAAGCAAAGGCGAGGUCUAUAAUUUAGCUGUUCCAUGUUAAUUUUUCACAAACAUUGAAAGUUGUUUUCACCAUAUAAUAUAAUCUUGUUUCAUAAAUCUACUGAGUGGAAUUUGUUCAUCUGUAAAAUAUGUAAUACUUUGUUCAUUUGUGAAAUUAGGUUAAUUUUCAGACAUCCUCUGAAACCGUAUGAUUUUUAGAGUGCCUUGAAUUUAUAGAAUUGUAUGUAAAAAGGUGUCAAUUCUAACUUAUUAAACCUAUAAAUGGUUACUUAAA